AUGGCGACAGACGUGGUAUUUGACACCUCCAUGGGUUCUUUCACUGUGGAGCUCUACAACACUCAUGCGCCCAAGACAUGCAAAAAUUUCGCGACUCUCGCACAGCGAGGCUACUACAACAACGUCAUUUUCCACCGCAUUAUCCCUAACUUCAUGGUUCAGACUGGUGAUCCUACGGGCACCGGCCGCGGAGGCAGCUCGAUCUACGGCGAGAAGUUUGAAGACGAAAUUCACGAUAAUCUGAAGCACACUGGUGCUGGUGUUCUGAGCAUGGCGAAUAGCGGACCCAAUACGAAUGGCAGCCAGUUCUUCGUCACCCUCGCGCCGACCCCGUGGCUGGAUGGAAAGCACACGAUCUUCGGUCGAGUCAAGAGCGGGAUGCGCAUCAUUCAGCGCAUGGGGUUGGUUAAGACCAACAGCGAGGACAAGCCCAUGGAUGAAGUGAAGAUCAUUCGGGCGCGUGUGGUGGAAGAGGGGCCGGAGUGA